AUACUCCACAUAGUAUUGCGGGUAUUAUCUUCACUUUGGCCUUUUUUUUCCUUCUUUUUUUCUUCUCUUCUCUCUCUUUUCCUUUUCAGCUUUUCUAGGCAUGAAAACUAGCUUUUUGCAAGUCAAGCAUGCAGAUAUUGGGAUAACGGAAAAGCAAGAAAAGCCCUCUCUCAGCUCAACUAGGGUUUUCUAAUUCAACCCUUCUUUUUCAUUUUCCAUCGUCUCUCAUUUUUCUUCUUCUUUACAUUGGAAGAGCUUCUAGAGAGAGAAAGCAAGAGGGUGAUUGUUGUGUAGGAGAGGAGAAAGAAGGAGAGAGGGAUAGAGAAGGAGGAGCAAGGGUUUCUGGCUUGCCUUCUUUCUCUUUCUUUCUCUCACUAUAAAAAUCUCAAGCUUUUGUGAGAGGCAGUUUGGAGACAUUUGGAUUAAGGCCUUCUGUCUCCUCUACCUCUCUAUUUUUCUUGUCUUAAUUCACUACUCAAAGAAACUAGCUAGAUUUCUGUUUUCUGAUAUACUACAAAUAUAACUAUAUGUAUAUUUAUGUGUGUGUGUGUGUGUUUCAGUGCGUGAAUUUUAGUUGAUGAUCUGUUAAUAUAUAUAUCUACAAUACCUUAAGGGAAAGCUCUCACAUCUAUAUCUAUAGAGAGGGAAAGAAACAGUAGAAGGAUUAAUGAAUUUUGGGGAUUUUCUUGAUAACAAUUCCUGUGGUGGUGUGAGUGCAAGAAUUGCGGCAGAUUUGCCUUACACCAACACCAACACCAACAACUCCAUUAUCACAGCUACCACCGCCGCCGCCGCCGCCACCAUGCCCGCCGCCGCGAUUGCUCCGCCACGCCUCGUCUCGCAUCAGUCUCUCUCUUCCAAGCCCGCCUUCAACUCCCCCGGCCUCUCCCUCGCUCUCCAAACCGGAAUCGAGGGGCAAGAGAUGGGAAGAAUGGCGGAGAAGUACGAAUCGAGCAAUGUGGUGGGAGGAAGAAGAAGCAGAGAUGAAGAGCACGAGAGCAGAUCUGGGAGCGAUAACAUGGACGGCGCAUCUGGAGACGAUCUCGAGGUCUCCGGCCGCCCGCCGAGGAAGAAACGAUACCACCGCCACACACCUCAGCAAAUCCAAGAACUCGAAGCCUUGUUCAAGGAGUGCCCUCACCCCGACGAAAAGCAAAGACUGGAGCUCAGCAAACGCCUUUGCUUGGAAACCAGGCAGGUCAAAUUCUGGUUCCAGAAUCGCAGAACUCAGAUGAAGACGCAGCUGGAGCGGCACGAGAAUUCGAUCCUGAGGCAAGACAACGACAAGCUCCGAGCCGAGAACAUGUCAAUAAGAGAUGCAAUGAGGAAUCCGAUGUGCACCAACUGCGGCGGCCCCGCCAUGAUCGGCGACGUCUCCCUCGAGGAGCAGCACCUCCGAAUCGAGAACGCCAGACUAAAAGACGAACUGGAUCGCGUCUGCGCGCUCGCCGGAAAGUUCCUAGGCCGCCCCAUCCCCGCGAUGGGCCCGCCGAUGCCUAAUUCGAGCUUGGAGCUCGGAGUCGGAAUCAACGGAUUCGGUGCCCUAACCGCCGCGCUGCCCCCCGACUACGGCAGCCCUCUCCCGAUCAUGUCUCCGGCCAAAUCCGCCAUGAAUAACACCACCACUCCGAUCGAGAGGUCGUUGGAGCGAUCCAUGUAUCUGGAGCUCGCAUUGGCCGCCAUGGACGAAUUGGUCAAAAUCGCGCAGACAAACGAGCCGCUUUGGGUUCGAAGCUUGGAAGGUGGAAGAGAAGUGCUGAAUCGCGAGGAAUAUUCUAGAAGCUUCACUCCCUGCAUCGGAAUGAAGCCUAACGGAUUCGUGGCGGAGGCUUCGCGCGAGACCGGUGCGGUGAUCAUCAACAGCUUAGCCCUCGUCGAGACAUUGAUGGACUCGAACAAAUGGGCGGAGAUGUUUCCUUGUAUAAUUGCGAGAACCGCAACCACGGAUGUCAUAUCAAAUGGUAUGGGAGGAACAAGGAAUGGCGCACUUCAUCUGAUACAUGCCGAGCUGCAAGUCCUAUCGCCGUUGGUGCCGGUGAGGGAGGUGAGCUUCCUCCGGUUCUGCAAGCAGCACGCGGAGGGCGUGUGGGCCGUCGUGGACGUCUCGAUCGACGCCAUCCGGGAGCCCUCCGGCGGGGCGGGGCAGUACCCGAGCUGCCGGAGGCUCCCCUCCGGCUGCGUCGUGCAAGAUAUGCCCAAUGGCUAUUCAAAGGUUACAUGGGUGGAACAUUGUGAGUACGAUGAGAGCGCCGUUCACGAAGUGUACCGGCCGAUGAUCAACGCCGGCAUGGGGUUCGGGUCGCAACGGUGGGUAGCCACGCUUCAACGACAAUGCGAGUGCCUCGCAAUCUUGAUGUCGUCUUCAUCCCCUUCACGAGAUCACACCGCGAUCACGGCGGGGGGCCGGCGGAGCAUGCUGAAACUGGCGCAGCGCAUGACCAACAACUUCUGCGCCGGCGUGUGCGCCUCCACGCUCCACAAGUGGAACAAGCUCAGGGCGGAGAACGUGGACGAGGACGUGCGCGUGAUGACGCGGAAGAGCGUGGACGAUCCCGGGGAGCCGCCCGGGGUGGUGCUCAGCGCCGCCACGUCCGUGUGGCUGCCCGUGUCGCCCCAGAGGCUGUUCCACUUCCUCCGCAACGAGCAUCUGCGGAGCGAGUGGGACAUCCUCUCCAACGGCGGGCCCAUGCAGGAGAUGGCCCACAUCGCCAAAGGCCAUGAUCAGGGCAAUUGCGUCUCCCUCCUCCGUGCCAGCGCCAUGAACUCGAACCAGAGCAGCAUGCUAAUCCUGCAGGAGACAAGCACAGACGCGUCGGGGUCGCUUGUGGUCUACGCGCCGGUCGACAUCCCCGCGAUGCACGUGGUCAUGAACGGGGGCGACUCCGCCUACGUGGCGCUGCUGCCGUCGGGCUUCGCGGUCGCGCCCGACGGCCCGGAAACGGAAGCCGGGUCGGGCCAGCGGGUCGGCGGGUCGCUGCUGACCGUGGCGUUCCAGAUCUUGGUGAACAGCUUGCCUACGGCCAAGCUCACGGUAGAGUCGGUGGAGACCGUCAAUAAUCUCAUAUCAUGCACCGUUCAGAAAAUCAAGGCCGCUCUUCAAUGCGAGAGCUGAUCUCAUCGUCAUCGUCGUCGUCGUCGUCAUCGUGCCUAAGUCUGCAUUAGUAUAUUGAUUUUUUAUUCCAACAUUAUUGGAAUAGAAGAUAAAAUUGCUAAUUGCGAUUUGGAAAUUUUGAUGGAUUGUGAUGAGAUGUGUUUGAGGAAUUGAAGUAUAUAUAUAUACCUACUUGAGGUAUAAUUAAUGUGUGGCCGUGUAGCUGUGGGGGUGGUGAGUCAAGAACGAACCGCGUGGCGGAACAACCCUUGCAUGGCGGCGGCGCCGCCGCGGGAUGGUGGUGCUCGGCGCGAUGCGAGGGCGGUGGUUCGGGUAUUGACUCAGGGGUACCCUUGAAUUGGCUCAAGUAGGUCUGGAUAUAUAACUAUUAAUUUGUAAUCUUGAAAUAGCUUCUAAUUUUUUUUUCUUUCAAAAUUGAUGGCAAGAAAUGCUUUUUUGUUGGUAAUUUUAUGAGUUUGAAAGGUUAUUGCUAUGGCAUGGUUUGAAUGUUA